AUGCCGGCGGAACCCCCUAUUAAACCUGUGAAAAAGGGAUUGCUUGGUGUUGCUGUACUGAGGUAUAAGCAAUCUUGUCCGGUCACGUCAGCCAGGGUCAUCCAGACGUUUUCUUUGGUUUGCGGCGGUAUCCAUGACUACAUCCAUCUGAGGACUGUAAGGAAGAUGAACUAUCCGUACGUUCUUGUGCCAUCUUGCUCCGCAAACUCAGCCCAGCAAUCGAUGCUGCUGACAGAAUAUCUGGAUAUGAAGAACACCCGCACUGCCUCGGAGCCAUCCACCCAGCUUAGCUACGCCAGCUCUGGGAGAGAAUUUGCAGCGUUCUUUGCAAAGAAGAAGCCACAAAGGCCUAAAACCCCUUUGUUCAAGUUUGAGUCCUCCUCCCAUGCUAUUAGCAUGAGUGCCUAUUUGCGUGAGCAGAGGAGGGAACUGUACAGCAGAAGUGGAGAACUUCAAGGAGGACCGGAUGAUAACUUAAUUGAAGGUGGCGGAUCCAAGUUUGUCUGCAAACCAGGAGCCAGGAACAUUACCAUCAUCUUUCAUCCCCUCCUCAGAUUUAUCCAGGAGAUAGAGCACGCCAUGGAGCUUGGCCCAACCAAGCAGUGUCCGCUCCGUGAAUUCCUCACCAUGUACAUCAAGAACAUCUUCCUCAAUCAGGUCCUGGCUGAAAUCAACAAAGAGAUCGAAGGCGUCACAAAGGCAUCUGAUCCCCUGAAAAUAUUGGCUAAUGCAGAUACCAUGAAGAUCCUAGGUGUGCAGCGGCCCCUUCUGCAGAGCACGGUAAUUGUGGAGAAGACUGUUCAAGACCUAAUGAACCUGAUGCACGACUUGAGCGCCUAUUCGGAUCAGUUCCUCAACAUGGUGUGUGUGAAACUCCAGGAGUACAAGGACACCUGCACCCUUGCCUACAGGAGCAUCGUGCAGUCGGAUGAAAAGCUGGUGAUCAGUGCAUCCUGGGCUAAAGAUGACGAUAUUAGCAGGCUCCUGAAAUCUCUGCCCAACUGGAGCAACAUGGCUCAGCCCAAGCAACUGAGACCCAAGAGAGAGGAGGAAGAAGACUUUAUAAGGGCUGCUUUCGGCAAAGAGUCAGAAGUUCUCAUUGGCAACCUGGGAGAUAAACUCAUUCCUCAACAGGAGAUCCUGCGGGACGUCAGCGACCUGAAGGCCUUGGCCAACAUGCACGAGAGCCUGGAGUGGUUAGCAGGUCGCACCAAGGCAGCCUUCGCCAACCUCUCAACCACCCAGACUGUGUCUCCUGGCCAGGACAGCCAUGCCAGUAUGGAACACCUUCCUGCAUCCGAACAGAUCCUGCAAACCCUGAGUGAGCUGGCCAGGUCUUUUCAAGAGAUGGCUGACCGCUGCCUGCUGGUUCUGCAUUUGGAAGUCAGAGUUCAUUGCUUCCACUACCUGAUCCCGCUGGCUAAACAAGGGAACUACGCCAUCGUCGCCAACGUGGAGAGCAUGGACUAUGACCCUCUCGUUGUCCGGCUCAACAAGGACAUCAGUGCUAUUGAGGAAGCCAUGAGCGCCAGCCUCCAGCAGCACAAGUUCCAGUACAUUUUCGAAGGUUUGGGCCACCUUAUUUCCUGCAUUCUUAUCAACGGUGCCCACUACUUCAAGCGCAUCAGUGAAUCUGGCAUCAAGAAAAUGUGCAGGAACAUCUUCAUCCUCCAGCAAAACCUGACGAACAUCACCAUGUCACGCGAGGCUGACCUGGACUUUGCAAGGCAGUAUUAUGAGAUGCUCUACAACACAGCAGAUGAGCUCUUAAACCUCGUGGUGGAUCAAGGGGUGAAGUACACAGAGCUGGAAUACAUCUAUGCCCUGAACUUACUGCACCGGAGCCAGACGGGUGUGGGGGACCAAACCACCCAGAACAUGAGGUUGCAGCGGUUGAAGGAGAUAAUUUGUGAGCAGGCUGCUAUCAAACAGGCCACCAAGGACAAGAAAAUCACCACCGUGUAAUCUGCUCUGUCACUCAUAUUAACUGAGCAGCAGGGGCUGUCCGGUUGCAGGUCCAAGCCUCCGCGUUCCUGUUACAAUCAAAGGCAAAAGCGCGUAUCUUCUGGGUGGCAUUGUACUAGUGAGAAGGGAAAUGCCAUUUGAGAUUUGGGGUUGGGGUUGUUUUGGGGGUUUUGAUGUGCAAUCAUGUAAUGCUUCCUUAACGUGUUCUCCCAAGAGUGAUUGCACAGCAGGAACAGGCAUCCUGGUGGAGAUUUGGGUGGGAUAUUUGGCUUUGCUCUGUUGCUGCUGCUUUGCCGUGAGAUGUAGGGCAAGCUGCUAUCUCUGGCGGGGUGGGAAAAGAAAUUUCACACUGGGUUAGGUCAGAGUCUUCAGUGGAAGUUCACAGCUAAAGUAAACCACACUAAAGUAAACAAACAGCACCAUGACAGUCGAGCACAGACCUGUCGGUCACAUGCGGGAUCUUGAUGGUUUUGAAGCCAUUCCAACAGCAUUGCUGCAUGGAGCCUGUUUCAGCUCUGCCAGUACUAUUCUCCAUGACAUUUGUAGAUGCAUUAAGUUUUCUGCUGUUUCCACUGCAAAGAGAUGUAGUUGCUUAUUCCUUUAGAUAGUGAUAAGCCAGUUCUCAUAGUGGGAGGUAACAUGGGACCAUUUGUUUCCACUUCUACUUUUUCAUUAUCACAGAGCCAUAUGGCAUCAGUUUCUACAGCGCAUACUGCACUGGAUGAUGGUAGAAGUAGAAGAAAAUUGCCAAUAUAAGGUAAUAGCAAAACUUAAUUCUCUUUUUCUGAUUAUAUCUUUUGAGUCUCCACAGCUCAAAAGAUAUUUUGUAAUUGUCAUUUGAUGUACUGGAAGGACACACAGGCUUACGUACCUCAGCACUCAUGAUCUGCAAGGGCAGGAGGAGGGCAGAUCCCAGCUCUGCAGUCUGAGGCGUGCUCAGGUCACCGUUUCUGCCCUGCCUUGACCAUAUGAAGCCACCUGGUAAAAGGUUCCGUAUUCACUGAGGCUGAGGAGUUUAUACCAUCCCUCCAAACCCAGAAUACACUCCACUUGUAUUUGUCAAAUUGUCAACCCAGCUGGGUUUCUCAUGCUGAGAUAGGUUCUCUCUGAGCUGUGUAACUGCUUGUGUGUCAGUCUUGAAACUGCAAAAUUAAAAGAUGCUUAAGACUCCUCAAA